GCUCAACAUCGCGUCUGUUUCGCGUCCUCGACACCACGUCCUCGCCUUUUCGCGCCGAUAACCUGCCACACCACUAUGGACGAUGCGUACGACGUGCCCGAUAGUACCGACUGGCUCGAUACACCGCUGAAAGCCUUUGCGCCGCUUGAAAAUGCAUUGCAUUGCCAAAUAUGCAAGGAAUUCUACGACACCCCGAUGAUUACGAGCUGCAACCACACCUUCUGCUCGCGAUGUAUACGAACUUCGUUAUCAGCAGACGGGAAAUGUCCUGCUUGUCGGGCAUCAGACCAAGCGAGUAAACUGCGCAAUAACUGGGCCAUUCAGGAAGUCGUCGCGACAUUCUUAGAAGCAAGACCGAUCGCAUUGGAAGUGGCGCGAAAGUCACAGCAAGAGACUGCGACGCCAAAGAAGACUGGCAAGCGGAAACGUCCGACCAUACCGGAUUCAGAUGAUGUAGCAGAGGUGCAAGAAAGCGGGCGAACGACGAGAGCUAAGAGCCGGCGCAUUGCUGCGUCCCAGAGCUCACAGCAAGAGGCGAUAGAGAUUGAGGAUAGUGAUGAGGAGGCUGAAGAAGAGUACAAACCAGAAUCGCCGCCAAAAGAUGGCCUUGUUGAGUGUCCCCUAGGGUGCGGGAAACGCAUGAAGGAGGCCGAAGUCUUCAACCACCUGGACAAAUGCGAGGACGAGCAAAAACAGGCGAGCAGAGCAAAAUCGAGGACACCGCUCAAUGGGUUCGUCUCGUCACGGCCCCCGUCAGGUCAAGGAGCGCGACCUCAAGAUCGCAUCAACGAGCUCAAUUACGGCAUGCUCAAAGACAAGGCACUAUCCGCGAAACUUAAAGAACAAGGAUUGCCGGCUUUUGGCUCGAAGCAGCUUAUGAUCAAUCGCCAUCGAGAAUGGGUCAAUAUCUGGAAUGCGAACUGUGACUCCAAUAGCCCUAGAUCGAGGCGAGAUCUGCUGCGUGACCUGGACGUUUGGGAGAAGACACAAGGCGGGAAGGCGCCGCAGGGCAACGGGCUCACGCAUGCUGUCAUGCGCAAGGACUUCGAUGGCGCUGCGUACUCGAGGAAACACAAUGAUGACUUUAGCCGGCUAAUAGCCGAUGCGAGGCGGAAGAAGAGCAGUUCGGCAACCACAUCGGCGUCGGCGAAAGAUGUUACGGAACAAAAGCAGACAGAGGCGGACGCAAUUGUGCAUGGUGAUGGCGAGAGUCCUGUCUUUGCUGCAAAGCCGCCUCCGCUAAUGGUACCUCCGCAGGACAGAAGAAUGAGCUUGUCACAACCUGAGCCAAGUCCAGUCGAUCGUUCACCGUAUGAGCACGAUCCGGAGGCACUCGCCAAUGUUCGUGAGAAAGUCAAGGCUCUCAAUGACGGCCGCACACCAACACCAGUGUUGAACAAGGGGUUUGAGAACCCAUCAUCACACGUUCCGGCAGCCAGUCCCCAGGGAACCAGACCAUCAUCAUCGCAGCCACAGCAUGAACCGCCCAGCAUGUUCAGUGGCACUAUUGAACGCGUUUCAGAAGGGGCAGAUCCCAAUCGCUAUCCUCCAACUGCCACUAGGCGUUCAGCGUCAAUCAGCUUAGAUUCUGGAAAUGGCGUGCAGCUCAGGCGUGGCAGCAGCCGAGACGAGCAUCUGAGCGAGCACAGUGGUUCUCCUUGUGAUCUCUCAUCACAUGUGGUAUCGAGCCAGUCGAAGCGAGUGCCCAUGUUUGCGAUGCCCGAGCAGCCAGUCACAGAUGUAGAAGGACUUGGCGGCUCGAGUUCUGGAGUAUAGCACAUAUAGACCUGUACAGCCGGACAUGACAGCACAAUGUUAGAGUACAGUUAUCUGGGAACGAUCCUGGCCCCAAAUCGCAUAGCAUGGGUUACUUCGCAAUGUCCACGACACGGGCCCUGUCAGACCUGGUACAGAGGUAAGCAUGAUGAAAGUACGAUAUGAGCCGGCUCACUAUAGGAAUUCCCUCGCUUCUUCGUGCGACACCAUCUAGGUGAUGCGAUAACCCCACACAGACCGCAGUAUGCCAUAAGUUCAGAGGUCAGACAUAGCGAAACAACAGCG